AUGCGAUUUAUUUAUUUUUUGAACCUGCUCCAAAUAGCAGCUGUGCUGUUAUUAGGGUUCAGCAGAGCUCAAGAGUUCACAGAGGAAGCGGCUCCUGAAGAAACGGCCGAGAAGUUCUUUCGCACUUCGCGUCAUACUAAUAAUUGGGCAGUUCUAGUGUCAACAUCAAGGUUCUGGUUCAAUUAUAGACACAUGGCCAAUGUUCUUAGUAUGUAUAGAACUAUAAAACGAUUGGGAAUUCCUGACUCUCAGAUCAUUCUCAUGCUUUCGGAUGAUGUUUCUUGCAAUCCUCGAAAUGCAUUCCCGGGAACAGUCUACAAUAAUGCUGAUAGAGCACUCGACUUGUAUGGUGAUAAUAUUGAAGUUGAUUACCGAGGAUACGAUGUAACAGUAGAAAACUUCAUUCGUCUGUUGACAGAUCGUUGGGAUGCUGAUACUCCCAGAUCAAAACGAUUGCUUACAGAUGAUCGAUCAAACAUUUUUGUUUAUAUGACAGGACAUGGAGGUAAUGAAUUUCUCAAGUUUCAAGAUGCAGAGGAAAUCGGUGCUUUUGAUAUUGCUGAUGCUUUUGAGCAAAUGUGGGAAAAGCGCAGAUAUAAUGAGAUCCUAUUCAUGAUUGAUACAUGCCAAGCAAACACCAUGUACUCUAAGUUCUACUCUCCGAAUAUUUUGGCAGUUGGCUCAUCUGCAAUGGACGAAAAUUCAUACUCGCACCAUGCUGAUCAAGAUGUGGGUGUUGCCGUAAUCGAUAGAUUUACCUAUUAUAAUCUUGAGUUCUUGGAGUCUAUUGACAAGACCUCAAAAGAGACCAUGGCAGAUUUGUUUGCAUCCUAUAACCCAGCAGACAUUCACUCGAAUCCAGGAAUUCGAUCAGAUCUAUUCAAAGAUCCUCUUGACCAGGUGCUGAUUACUGAUUUCUUUGGUAAUGUACAAAAUGUCGAAUUGGGUCAAGUGGAAACUAAUGUAUUGGAGUUGGCCAAGCUUGCUCGAGAUGAAGAGCUUAUAGGACAAAAUGCAUUCAACGGUGAGAAUACCAGUACCCCAGAGAAGAAACCCAAUUUACCACAACCCGAGGUUAAUUCUGGUUCCCGUGCUAAGAAUAAGCCCAAUUCACCAUCUCCUAUUCAACACUUGUUAGAGAGUGAAGCGAAAUCCAGUUCUCAUUUCCUCAUUGCGAUCUCCAUUUUGACUGCUGUGACGGCCCUUGUUGUUGGAAGCUCUUAUUUUUAA